AUGACCACGACCCGGUUGUCCUUUCUUUAUCCAAAUCUUUUACGCGCCAUCCGACCAUGUGAACUACGGCUCUACCGCUCCAUUCCAUCUUCUAGCCUCCGCAGGCCAUUUCACUUCAGUCGUCGCCACACACAGCAAGCCUACCAGCGCCGAUAUGGACCAGCUGUUGAACCGAAAGUACCUCCACACUUGCAGUCGCAAGAAUACUCCCAAGCGCAAGCUGCGGACUCCACUGCGGCAACAAGUGAGGAGGUAAACAGCACAGAGGGGACUGCUUCGGCGCCGGAUCAGUCAUUAUCGCAACCACCACCACAGGAACAAGAAACACCGCAGCAAGAAAAACAGGCCGAGGACCCACAGUCGUCAGAACCUCAAACCGAUACGGCUGACGCUGCAGCUGCGUCUCUAUCUGAGCAGGCUGCAGCGGACUCCACCAAAGGCAGUACUUCGGCUGCCACAGAGGAACCCCAGGAGAAAGGAUCGGACAGCGAGACCACAGCCAGCGCUUCCGCUUCGUUUCCAUUUGAAGAUUUGGGAGAAGAAAUGGCUCAGUUGUCUCCUUAUGCCAACACCAACAGCUCAUUCGAAGAAGUCUAUCACAUGCCCUCUCCAUCAAACUAUCUCACACCUACGGACCCAUCCAACGCCGAGCACAAACCUCCCCACAUGUCCCCAGCACCGUAUGUGCACCAUUUCGAUACCUAUUCCCUCGUUCGAGAUCUAUCCAGGGGCGGCUUCACCAACGAGCAAUCCACGACAAUUAUGAAAGCAGUACGAACCAUCCUGCAAAAGAAUCUCGAUUUCGCUCAGCAGAGCUUGACCUCCAAAUCAGACAUAGAGAACGAGUCAUAUUUGUUCAAAGCAGCCUGCUCGGAGCUUCAGCAGUCGCUUGAAACGGCCCGUGGCUCCGAAGUUCAACGCCAAAGAGCGUCUCGGGGCCAGCUGGAACAUGAGACGGAUAUACUCUCCCAACGCCUGAACCAGGAGCUUUCGGGCAUGAAAGAUGAGAUUAAGGGCAUGUUCAAUGACCAUAAGAUGAGCACUCGAGAACAACAACGCAUUAUCGACACUUCGGAUCAAGAGUUGAACUACAAGAUUACUGUCUCUCUCACCAGCGAUGGAAAGAGCGAAAUCGAAGGUCUCAGAUGGAUUUUGACACGACGCGCUGCUAUGGCCGUUGCUACAUGCGCUUUCAUGAUGAUCCUGUUCCUCAAGUACGCCUCAACUCGCAAGCCACAUGAGCCGACCAAGACAGUCGAGGUUGAAAAGCCUGUCAAUGAGGUCAAGAAAGAAACUCGCGUCGUUGUUCAACCCGCAAACCAGUCUAAGACGCCUUCUGUUGCCGUGGAGCACCUUGGCGAGUCUAUGGGCUGA